GAGGAGCUGCGACGGCAUGGAAUUGGAUAUGAUGGGGCCGGAGCAGCUGCUGCCGUCGCUGCCGGCGUCGUCGACGCGUCAGUUGGUGCGCAGGCGCAGUGGCCGCGCAGCGGAGAGUCCGAGGGGCCAGCGGUGCAGGAGCAGCCAUGCCGCCAAGGCCAACGCCAACGCCCCCAUUUCCGUUCCCAAUACCCCAUCCGCAUCCACCGGCAAGCGCAGCCGGCUCUCGCCUCCCAGUUCCGGAAACGUAGCCAUAGUGCGACCAGGUAGCAAUGACACCCGCGGGCGGCAGGAUCGAAGGCAGUCACGGGAGCCGCCAGUGAAGCCUCCGCGGCAGGCUCUGUCCGCCAGGUUGCUUGCCAUCUCCAAUCCUUACCGGGAUGAUCAGUCCCUCAAGGAGCGGCGAUCCGUGACCCAGCGAAGUCAGCGAUCGGCGGUGAAGACCCGUAACCCGCACCACUCCACGUUGGCCACCUCCUCCCGAUCGGCCUUCGGUGGGCACUACACCGUGCCCGCAGCGCCACCCACUCUGCGAAAAGCUGCUCCACAGCCGCCUGGCAGCCAGAUGCGUCCAUGCCUGCGAUCAGUACGCCCCAAGGUCGACUCGCAUCUGUGUCCCCACCUCGCCAACCAAUCACGUUCGGACCCCAAGCAUCAACAUCAGCCUCAGCCAAGCGCCCAACGACCUUGCCAGCCCACAAAGGGCAAAUCCUUGGCGGAGGCGCACCAGCAGUUGGAGCUCAUGCUUUCGAGGAUCGAGCGAGUCACCGACUAUCAGCCACCGCCACCACCGCCGCCGCCUGCCGCGCAACUCAGGAGAAGGGGGGCCGGCGUCAAGGUCGCCAAGGGGGUGAGCCGCCAGAUGGCGCAACCACCUCCAGUGCCAGCUGGAACGCCGAUGCUCAGCGCCCGUAGAAACAACAACAAUGCCAUGAGAACGGAUGGCGGAGGCGGCGCUGAAUUGGAGGAGGAUCGGGAUCGGAAUGGGGGUGGAGAAGGGGAUCACCCCGACAUUGCCAUACCGCUUGUCCAGAAUCCGCAGCACCUGCCGGCGGCCAAGCGGGAUGCACUGAUGCAGCUCCUGCAGCGGACCGAGCAGCACGACAAGGGCAUCGUGGAUAUGGUGGGCGCCUCCGGAGACUCCGCCCGGAACACCAUGCUCAUGCUGCUCCAGAUGAUACCCCUUAGCCUGGCUGAUUCUCCGUAUAAGCAGAAAUUCUUGAAAGGACAUCGCCACCUGAAGGAGCAUCGGUCUCAGCAACGGAAUCUACGACCCGGCGAUGAGCGUUUCGAGGAGGUGAAGGUCCUGCAUGGUCCUGAUGGCCAUGUCUACUACGCUCGCACUUUGGAGAAGGAACCGAAGGAGCUGAAAGCUGAGCCUGAAGUGCACGCCACGGGACAGUACCAUAGUGUGAGAAAUGCACUAGAGUAUCGCAGCGUUCAGCAUCCGCUGAACGAACGUCAGGAGCAGGCGAUGCGGGAGCGGGCGCAGCUGGAGCGGGACAAGCAGUUGGUGAUUAACUGCCGCGAGAAGCGUCGUCUGAAGGAGAGGACAGGGGAGCAGGCGGCGCAUUCACCAUCACGGAAUAAUAACAACCAGUCCAAGAAUCCAACUACUCCCAGAGCCACUGAUCCUUGGAAGCAGGUCCUCCAAGACCGGGACCGCUUUCAAGCCAACUGCAAUCGCAGCUGUUUCUACAACAAUUCACACAGCUCAGCGCCCUGGAAAAUAUAUGCCAAAGUGGCUAGCAAGCUAAGCUCGCAGCUAAUCGAAAGCGUGGAUGUCGAAUUUCAUCGCAGUGUAGCCAAUUAUAUCAACGACAUUGUAGGCCACAAAGUGAACUGAUAAUUGCAACAUCCUGCGAUGCUCAUCGUAAUUGCCAAACCUUUUAUCUGAUUUUACAGAACUGAAUAUAGAGCUCUAUACUAGUCUUAUGGUAUCGUGAAUAGUAACUUUAUUCCGCCACAAGAUGACAAAUUGUAAGUGUAGUAAAAUUAACAGAAUUUUAAAAUUCCAUGGACAAAAAAUGAUGUAAAUAAAAAUUAUUGUGUGUAUGGAUAACGAGA